CCUGAAAUGUUUUAUGAUUUUUAAUUCAAAUCAAUUUGAAUUAUGUUUCUACUCGAUUUGCUUCAAUUGUCAUUGUCUUCGAUGGAAUCGAAUGCCACGAUAUUGAGACGUCGGCCGCGUCACAUAUCCUUUAUGGAUAUAAGAAACUCGACGCGUUGUCAUUUUAGCGAAAAGACGAAUACAAAUAUUACGGAUAUGUGUGAUUUUGUAACACAUACACUCAGUUGUCAUUAUUUUAUGGCCAAUAUUGAUUAUUUAAAGAUCAUAUUUUGCUAUUUUAAAAUACCUCUUGACGGUAUCGUUGUAUUUAUGGGAUGUCUGAUGAUGUUAAUACUCUAUGGACUAAUUUAUAUGCUAACCAAAUACUUUUUUUUACCAAAUUUCGAAAUGCUUAUGGAUUUGGUGCCCAUCUCGUCAUAUACCUUUGGUUAUGCCGGUUUUGGCUUAUUCUUCUUUAUGCCCGAAUACUUGGAAACUGGGCUUACGUGUCUAUUUCAAAACUCCUAUGAGGCCACUUUACGUUUAUCGGGAUUCUUUGGCGAUUUGAUGCGAUACUUUGUCUUGGGAAUUUGUACACUUUGCGUUAAUGGCUACAAAGUUCGCGGUCUGACAUUAUGGUCUAGUAUUUUAUUCCUAUUGAUGGGUUAUUUCUAUUUGAUUAUUGUUGUCCUUAGGAAAUAUGAAAUAUUCCAACAGCAAAAUUUAAUUAAUGACGAUUUGUAUACGUUGAAAUUUAGCGCAGUAUCAAUACUUAUUAUAUUCAUUCUAUACAUGAUGGCAAAUGUUUUAAUUUCCUACAAUAAAACAAAAAAGGAAAGGAAACAAAUGGGGCUAGACUUAAAGAGAAUGACGUCUACUAAUCUUGUCAAGGAGAGUAGUGAAUGGAAAUGGUGGCAAAUUUGGUGGUCAACUGUCAAUGGCUAUGAAACUAUGAAAGAGCCAAUUGUGGGCGUUGUUACAGUAUUGACACCGUUUUACUUUCUGGCAGCUAAUUUGAUACCGGUGAUUGAUAAGAAACGACAUUUGCAUGGCUGGUGCAAAGUCAUUGCCUGUACAAGUUAUCUAUUCCUGCCCUUUAUGUGCAUACCCUUCAAUCCGUGGCCCUCAUUGUGGUUGAUGUUACUCUUGAACUGUUGGGGCAUUGCCCUAACUAUUCUCUGUGCCACACGAGCCCGUCGUGUGCCCAAUCAUUUGGCGUUCUAUGCCAUCUCUGGCAUGUUCAUAUGCACACUAUGCAAUAGCUAUUUGCUCCAGGAGAUCAAUAAUAUGAUAUGGCAAUUUGUCAAUUGGCGUUAUAAUCCAACGCCACAAAUGAUAACCCAAAUGUAUUUCAAUUCUGGUGAGAUUUUCUCGGCCAUUGUUUUGUUGUUCAGUUUGAUACGUUCAAAUAAAUUAGAUGUGGCCUUUGGUGUGAUUAUGAGUAUGUCCACUUAUACCAUUUAUUCGGCCUUGCCACAAUUGGUCCUCCAUGUAUGCUAUAACCGGAAUACAUAUCUGGUAAUUACUGCCACUUCGGAGUCCUGCAAUACAUUCUCAAUUGUGAUGAUCGUGUGUGCAUUAUUUCAUAUAUCGAUUAGUGGCAAUGAGUUUCGUGUAUCUCUGCUCUUGUAUCUGUUAACUCUAAUGAUUGGCUAUAUGAUAUUCCAAUGGAUGACCUUUAAUAGUUGGGUACAUCCAAUUGGCACAUUGCAUAACAUUCAAUCACCCAGGGAACCGUCUACAAUGUGGGCCUAAAUUGAUUCCAUUAGAAAGUGUAUUAACCCAUUAAAAGUUAUACGUUUUUACAAUUCUCAAAAAUUUAUAGAAACCUAUUGAGUGGGAAUUUUUGUGA